AUGGAUAACCCAAAGUUGCAAAAACUUCCUGUCAUCAACUUCGGUCAGGAGAAUUUGCAGUAUGGCACAAAAAGCUGGUCCUUGGCACGCAACGAAGUCCGCCACGCUCUUGAAGAAUGCGGUUGCUUUCUUGCUGUGUAUGAUGCAGUUUCUUUCAACUUGAGGGAUUCAGUAUUUUCUGCGCUAGAAAAACUGUUCGAUCUUCCCGUGGAAACAAGAAAGAAGAACACUUCUGAUAGGCUUUUCUUUGGUUAUCUUAGCGACCACCGUGACUCAGCUAUUCGUGAGAGCGUGGAAAUCGAAAAUGCAACCGACAUAGAAGAAGUCAAGAAAUUCUCUAAGCUCAAGUGGCCCCAAGGAAAUGAUGACAAUUUCAGUGGGAUCAUCCAUGAAUAUGCAAAUCUGGUAGCGAAGUUGGAACAGGUGGUGACCCGAAUGGUUUUCGAAAGCUAUGGGGUAGAGAAGCUGAAGUGUGAUUCUCACAUAGAUUCAAUCACGUACUUGCUUCUGCUCAACAGCUACGAGGCGCCUGGACUUCUUAAGCUCGCAUUCUGCAAAUGCGAGCUUAAGAAGCUCGCAUUAGGAGAAUGCGAGAUUAUGUACCUCGCAUUUAAGAAAUGCGAGUUGCAGAGAAUGGACACUCGUUUGGCACGUAUAGAUGAUCAUUUAGGCAUUACUCCACCUCAGGGUGGAGCUGCAGAUGAAGAUGACGAUUGA